AUGGCAGGCUUUGGGUCCAACUUUGGGUUGUUUUCGUGUUGUGAUGAAGUAAAGUGGAAAACUGUGCUAAAUUUAUAUUGUAAAGCACUAAAUAUAUACUCAGGAAAGAAAGCUAAACCACAGGAUGGAAUUGAACUCAUUAAAUUGGACAAAUGGUAUCAAACAGAACUACCGGAAGCCAUAAAACAGCGCAAGCACCCGCACAUCACAUAUGACGAAUUAGUAAAACUCAUGAAGUGGAAGCUAAAGCGAGGAAAGUUUCGACCAAGACUUCAGCAACUAGUGGGGAGCAACACAGAGGAAGAAGUAAUGGAGGCAAGCACAAAAGCAUUUGCAGUCAUGCCAGAUAUCAAGACAGCUAUUCAGAGUUUGGCUGUCUUAAGGGGCGUGGGACCAGCCACUGCAUCAGCUGUGUUAGCAGCAGGAGAUCCUGAACAUGCAGCCUUUAUGGCAGACGAGGCCCUUCAGGCCAUUCCUGGGCUGCAGCCAAUAGCCUACAAAUUGGAGAACUACCUGGAGUAUCAUGAACAAAUAAGGAAAUGCGUCACUCUACUGAAAAGAACAGAUGAUUCCUGGAAUUCUCACAUGGUGGAGUUGGCUCUAUGGACAGGGCAAGUUCUUGGCAAACUAGAGCCAGAAUGCUUGCCAGCGAUCAACAUUUCAAUGCAAAAGAGGAAAAGCACCGAAAACUCUACAAGGAAGAUGAAACGCAAUAAAGAAGACAAAACUUGAAGGACACUGAUAAAACGAUUCUAGCUGCCUAAAGGUCAAAAGCGGGUUAACUAUUCUUUUUUUACAUUUCAGUACACAUCAUACAUGAAGGAAUAUAAAUUGGAUAGAAUAAAGAGUUUAUAAUA